AUGCACAGCAUGCUUACAUGCCAGAACUUUGUCUUGUUUCCCUUCCAUGGCCCCACCUUUGCUGAAGCAAUUUCUGGUGGGGUGGCUGGUGGCCCCACAGUUGCCACAGGGCACAUGAUCACUAUGGAGCUGUUGCUUGACAUCGAGCCAAGAGCGAAUGUUAGAAGGGCUGUAAGGGUUUGCAGAAGUGCUAGUUGUGAGAGUGUCUGCGAUGUGGUUGUGCAUGUGGGGAAGGUCUUCAGCCAUAGCAUUGAGCAUCAUAAUGGUCAGAAAAUCAUCCUCUUUGGGGAUGCCAAUGGCAUAGAUAUGCCUGAUGAGGUUGUUGAGCAGAGUGCUCAUGGUGGAGAGUCAUUCAGAUCGGAGGUAUUUGACGGCAAGUGCCUGUUGGAUGAGGAGGAUCUGAGCAAUUGGACCAACUUUCUCAUGAUGGUGAAGGAAUCAACUACUAAGCUAUGGCACAAAAAGGAAUACCAAAUCAGAGUAUAUGUGUGGUUGUCUCAGCUCUGCCUAUGGCUGCUAUACUUCACAAAGGCAAGUGCAUUCGACCCAAGGGGAAGCGAGUGCAACACAUCCACAGGUCGUGCGAAGCGUGGGAAAGUCGCGCACGCGGAGGUGAAGGUGCAUGCAGAGAAUGGUAGGAUGCGUGAAGUGUGGGAAAGUCACGCACUAAUAGCGCGCUCCCAUGAUGCAGAGCUGAUGACUUGGUGGACAAUGGAUGGAUGCUCCUGGAUGAUGCGUGAUGAAGCGUGGGAAAGCGCAUGGGACGCGCGUGGGAAUGUGUCAUUGGAGAGUAGCGGCUCUAUGGGCAUACAGAAGCGCAAGUCUCUACAAUGGGAUUUGAGAGCAUCCCAGGCGAGAGUAAUAGCUGUAAUGGAGGCUCUGAGGGGGGACAUGGAAGCUGAGGAUGAGAUGACAGACGGCAGGCUGAGGGAAGCACUUUUAGUGCCAGAGCUCUUAGAGCGGGUGUGGACAGUAGUGGAAGGCAUAAGAACAAGAGUUGGGGAAUUAAAAACGAGCAAAGUGCAAGUAUUUAUACUCCUGCACAACUGCAAGUGA